CAUCCCGCGGCAGGUUUGUGCAUGUUAUCAACAUGUAUGAACUUCCCUUUAAAUUGGAUUAACAACUGUUUUUAGCAUACGAUGAUAGCGAUCCUUCAAAACUUGAGUUUGCAUCGUUGAAAGGAAAUACCAUUUCACCAGUAGAUCGGUCCAACACCUAGUCGCGGGGACUCGCCAAGUGAAUGCAAUCAAAUUAACACGCCUCCUCUUGGCAUUGAGCAGAAUGCAGCAAAGCUGGUGAUUACACGAGUAUUUGGGAAGUCCAGUUAAAACACGUGCUGUGCAAUGAAACAAAAAAAUGAAAAUCAAGCAGGGUCAACUUGUAAUGUUGAAUGGAUUUAACAGAGCCAUACCUGUCUGAGUCCUCUGAGGCCUGCUUACUUGUCUCCAGCUCCCAAGUGGAAGAGACACAAUAUGCAGAAUAUGUGCCCAGCAACAUAUUUAACAGCUUAGCAACUUUACGGAAGGAAGGAUCCAUAAACAAUAAAGAGGAUACUUGUAAAGAGCUUGAUGCCACUCCUACAUCAGAAGCUGAACUUGAUGGUAACAGGGCUGUAACUCUCACUGGACUUUCUGGUACCAUUGGUAACAGAAAUGCUGGAAUAGGCCAAGGUGGGGAAAUGAGUACCAGUGGCUGUGGAGAUGAUGAUCAAAUGGAAAGAAAUACAAGGGACAAUGAAAAUGAUCGUGGAAUAAACAGUGUUGAGGAUGAAGAAAUUAAAUCUGAAGAAAAAAGUGAUGUUGAAAUCCAAGAUGGACACCCAGUGGGAUUAAGAGCAGCCCAGGCUUGUAAUUAUAGUCCAGGUAGCACACUGAUACAGAUGACUUUCAUCGUUGAAGAUAUAGUAGAAGCCACCCAAAGUGAGGCAGAGGGUGAUCAUAUAAGUACCAUCCUUGCAGCAGAAACAGACAGCAGGGAGGAUGAACUUGGAGUACCUUUUCAAAAUGGUCACUACAAUGGAACACCACAUGCUAUAAGUGAGACAGAAAGUGGUGGUAUAAGUGAUGCCCCAACAGCUGUGGUCAGUGAUACGGAGGGUCAUGGCCAAGUCUUUGUGAAGAAAACACCUUUGGCCAUGAAACCAAGAACACCAGGCAGCCCAGAGAAGAGCAGCAGCACUGUGACCACGAGUAACCUCAGUUCCUUCAGCAGCUCUUCCAGUGAUGAGAGAGAUUGGAACAGGAAAAAUUCAAAACAAAAAUCAAAGGGAAAUUUUGGCAGUUUGGCCAGUGAAGAACAGUCCAAUGUCCAUAAAACCACAUGGAAACAAGAGCAAGUCUUUAUGGCAGAAAAAUAUGGGAAGCAGGUGGAUCAUCAUGGAGAAGAUGAAGUGGAAAAUCAAAGCAAUUCACAAGAAGAUUUGUUCCCAUGUAGUCAGAAUACAAACCAAAGAGUUGCCACUCCAUCAGAAUACAUGGGUUCCUUACAGUUUUCACAACAUGAGGUUCUUGCCAUGGACACUUUGGAAUCUGACAGCCAGUCAGUGAACUACAUUCCACCAUCUCCCGGAGCUUAUGGGUCUGUUCCAGUCAUUAUACCAAGUUCUCCCACUGCUCUGUCAGAUGAUGAAACAGAAACAGCAACAGGUCUGGAUUUGUCCUUAGCUAAUUUGUCAAGCCUUCAGAAAAUAAGACAUUCAAGAUCAAGGUCAUUGGAGCAGAAUCCUGUGGCUGAUGCUCUUGACACCACUUUAAUUUCAACACUGGAUGAGAAUCACAGGCGUGUGGUCAGCCGCUGCCAAACAGACAAAAGUAAAGGAAGUAGUGCAUCUGGAGAAAGCUACAGACAUGAUUCAGGAAAUAUUGGGCAUUGUCCAUCUUCUUUCCCUGUGGACAUUGUUAGUAUGGAUGAUGGACAGGAAGAAAGCAUCAUAGUGUUACAACAGAAAGAGUAUGUGAUGGAGCCUACCUUGAGAGAAGAUGCAGUUACACCAGACAGCCAGUGUCCAAGAAAACCAAACCAGACAGGGAAAUCUAACACCCCAAGAAAACUUUUUGAGAAUGAUAUGACUGUUGCAACAAAGAAACUACAAACUGAUAUAAGAGGUGAAAUACCAAACACCAGAAUUAACAAUCAACAUGAGUGCAGAGUACAGACCAAACAUGGUAUGUCAAAAAACAAUGAAAGUUCUGCUGACAGCAAAAAAGAAAUUGUAGCAUCACAGCCAUCUUUAGUUGCAGGAAAUUCUGGAUUUGACCGUGGUGUUAUACUGGAGCAACAUCACCAGGGCAAGAGGUAUGGAGCAAAACAGCACACUGAUAACAUUGUCCAUGUGCAAGUAGCAGAGGGUUCAAAUAGGGAAAUACAAGAUUCAGGACAUCAGCAUGAAGCGGUUAGCUAUUCAGAUAGAAAAUCGUCUCAUAUUGGCAAAUUUGCUUUAACAGAAAGUGUGCACCUUCAUUUAAGUGCUACUGAAAGGAAGGACAUUUAUGAACAAUCCAUGGUAGAGAGUCUGCCAGAGAACUGUCCAGUUUAUAAGAGUGCUAGAGAAGAAGAUGCUAGUAUUACUAUUUUGGAAGAGGAAAGUCGGCCAUCAGCCAUACAAGGUUGUCAUGAUGUAGCAGCAGAGACUGCAGAGGACUGGUCUCUCCAUUUAACCCCAUCUCAAGGCAGUACUUCACAGUACACUCUGGCAUUGAGUGAAGCCACAAGAGGGGCCAACCCCAGGGAAGUUAGGAAGAAAAAAGAUAGACCUUGCAUUAAGGAUACACCAAAGCAUUAUCUCUCAGAAGAGUCCAAGAAGAGCAACAGACCCACAUCAGCAAUGUCUACAUCCUCUGAAGCCUCUGGAGCAUUUCGUCUCAGUAUGCCAGAAAUACUACCUGACACACCUGAUGUUCAAAGACAUGAAGAUGAAGAACAGGUUGGACAGCAAAGUCAGAAAGUUUCAGACUUAUCUUCAAAAGUAAAUGCCAGGCAAAAAGAAAGGAUUUUGGCUGAAAGAAAACCAGAGGGGCCAACUUUAACCUUGAAUAUGAUUCACACCCAAUCAGAAAAUUCUGAAGAUGUGACUGAAUUUAUGGUGGAACGUCCGGAUAUUGGCAGCAAUUCUGUGAGCAGUAACCACAGUGUUGAAACACCAGUCUCCAUGUUCACCAGAGUGAAAGAGGCUGUCAUAUCAGGAGGGCAUGCUACUUGUCCUCGGUCAACAACUUUGUCAGAAAGUGAGCUUGAUCUUUUUGCAUAUGUGUCACAAGAUAGCCCUCACCAACAACAGAUGUCUGUACCAAGAUCUGAUCAGCUGAGAUCAAGGCAGAGGAGAGAACAGGAUUGUGACGGAGCUCAAGGAACUGUGCAGAAGACAAAUCAAGCACCUGUACUUCAAGAAGAGCAAAAGAGGGAUGACACUGAAGAUCAGCAGUGCACCAAAAUAUCCAGUGAGAAGUCUCAUUCACCUCUCAAGUCAUCAGCAGAGUUAACUGCCACAGGGGAGUUUAAAGUUCAAAAGACAGACUACUCUAGGGAAACAAAGAGUAAAUCACAAGGCCAAAGAAAAAGAAGAUUUAGAAAAAGACACAAAGAUAAACCAGAACUGAGACAUGUGAAUGCAGAGAGAUACGAUACAAGCCAUGUUGUUGUCACUGGUGAUAGCAAUAGCAAAUCACAAAGCCGACUUUAUGAUUGUGAAACACAGUCAUAUGAUUGGCAGAAAGAACUAGCUGAGCAGAAUCAGAAUAACCAGAGUGACACACAGCAAGACACACAGAUAAUAGAAGACAAUCAGCUGAAUGUGCAUGACCCAUUUGAAUUUAGAAUGUCUCAGUCACAACGCGACAGACAGUCUCUGAAGAGCUUGACUUUGGGAAGAGAGGCUAGGAAGAGAAAGGCAACAGCACUACAAAAGGAGGAACAAACAUUCAGUAAUUCAGUGUCUACAAAAAGAAAAAGUGGAGCUAAAGGAAAAAGUGAAAGUAUAGCAGGCAGUCAUUUCAAUAAAACCCAAGCACGGCAGCGGCCAAGGUCACAAGAUGUAAAGGAAGGUCAGGAUGAUGUGUCUCAGGGAAAUAGCAACCAAAAUGGCAGAGAAGCCCAAGGUAGGAAGAGACCCCAUUCAGAAGCUGGCCCAAGUAAAGAUGGUUCUUCUGGAGAACAGCAAGGACAGGGAGAUGGCAACAAGGAAAAGCCACCUAUACAAGGCGGAACAGAUGAACCUCCACAGAAAAUAAUCAGAACUGUUGUGGAAGAAAUAGUUACUGUCAGAAGGAUUAUUACAGAGGAAAUAGUCAUUGGGGGACGAGUGGUCAAGAAAACAACCAGAGAAGAAAAAGAAGAACCAGUUGUAAGAUCAAGUCCGGGCAGCAUGUCCACUAUCUCUCCAUCAAGGACUGUUAGUUCCUUGACUUCUGGUGACCUGGGUGAUGUGAGCAGUUUGUCUAAGACCACCAGCAUCAGUACUACUGGGGGCAGCAGCCUGAGCAAGUCCGCCAGUAAUGUGACCAGUCCUAGCUCUGGUCGAGAGAGUCCAAGCAGGUUUGGGUCAAGGGAAAAUAGGUCAGCAGGGAUGCUCCAGCCACCACAACCACCCCAGACAUCUUCAAAAAAUGAUAAUGAAGACAACACUCAAGGUGAUGGGAAUAUACAGCCUGGUAUUGUGAGUGCUUCUGGAAACCAAACCAGAGCUAAGAGUGUGGCCUCUAAUCAGACUGGUGGCCAUGAGGGAGAUGAUGAGCUGACACAACAAAUUAGCUCUGGAGUGGUUAGUUUAGACCAUGAUAGAGCUCCAAGUGCAGAUCUGUUACCUUCGCAUGUCCACACACCUGUUACAGAUGAGAGAACUGGAUCUUUACAAAGAACGGUAGAUUCUUUCUUAAGUCCAGCACCACCUAGACCCUCUCCCACAGAAACGGUCAUUCUUGAUAGGACACAUAGCUCGGAAAAGUCCCUUAAUAAAUCUUCUAGCAGUAGUGCUGCUAGCUUGAAACAUUCUGAAUCUCUUUUUACCAGUCCUGAAUUGGCGCAGCGUCAGAACAUUGAAAAGCAGACCAGCAACAGCAGUGAGAUUAUACAGGCAGGCCAAAGAAACUCCAGUUCUUCCAGUGCAAAAUGUUCACAGUCUUUGUUCACAAGUCCAGAAUUAAAAAAGAAGUCAUCCACUGCUUCCACAAGCACUACCAGCACCAGUACUGUGAUGUCUGAAAGGGGGGAGAGUAUAGAUGACACUGUAUUUACUAAACCUCAAGCAGACACUGUCAGAAAAAAACAGCUUAGUAUUAAAGAUACAGAAACCUCCAUUGCCAAAGACAACAUUGUCCAUGCAGAAGCCUCUGAGAACACUUUAUCUCCUGUAAAGGUAUCUGAAAGGCCAAAAAGGUUUUCAUCAUCUUCAGGAAACUCUGGAAGCAAAACAGAUGAUGGAUUGACCAGAAGGAGUAAUAGAAAGGGAACAAUUUCAGGUCAAUCCAAAAUGCCUACCAAGCAGGAUGUACAAAGAAAGGAAAUUCCAGAAGAACCAGAGAGCAGAAGUCAAAUCAGAGAUAGUAGCACAAGCCCAGUGAUUCCACUGCAGUCCCUGUUAGAAUCUGGCUCCAGGUCUUCUGCACUCAGGCCAGAUCUUCUAGACACUAAUAUUCCUGGUUCUGAGUUUGAAGGGGGGCAUAGAACUUUAGAAACAGGAACAAAUGUUUUGGCUAGGUGGAAGGAUGGAUUCUUCUAUCCAGGAGUUUUUAUUUCUGUUGAGAAGAAUGGAAAGUACCUUGUAUACUUUGAUGAUGAAGACCAGCGUCAGGUGAAAGCAGCAGAUCUCAUAGUCAAUCCAGAGCUGCCAGUUGGCUUAAGUGUCAUGGCAUUGUCGGUUGAUGGAUAUUUUGAUUCCGCCAUCAUCUGUGAAGUUGACCAGAGGAAAGACCAGACACAUUACCUGGUUGAGCUUGAUGAUGGGAAGAAGAAAAGAUUGACCAAAUCCAGCAUAAUUCUGAGUGUAGACCAGGCUGCUUUGUUACCAUGUGUCAAUAGGCCGGAGACUUGUCCUCCUCCAGCUACUGCUGCAGCUCAUCUGGGAGAUGUUAGCCUGGAUAAUUUGAUUGAAGGCAAGCGAAAAAGAUCCUCAAAAACAGGAGAGCAGUCUGCUGUAGCUGGUACUGCCACCGAACCAGCUGAUACGAGCACUUCUACCAAUAGCAGCAAAGGGAAACAGCUGGCAUCACAGGGUAAAAAGGGCCAGAAAAGGAAGUUUUCCCACUUGGAACCAAAGGCUACCAGCACUCCAACACCUAAAAGAAUGGCCUCUAGGUUAAUUGAGGAAGAACAUCCUGGAACAAGCAGAUCUAACAUGGAAAUCGAGACUGAAUUUGAUUUGUUUGCCAACGUAGAGCAGUCCCCUGUGACUGUCAGACGUUCACCUAGGAAAGCCAGAGCUGGUCUGUUCACAGAUGGGAAAGGUCCUAUUCCUCCUCCUGGAAGCACUCUCUUCCAAGGUUAUGCCUUCCUGCUCACCAAUGUGGACAAGUCUGAGAAUGAAAAAAAAGCAGAAAGGAAAUUUUUACAACAGGGAUUAGAUUCUUCUACUGAUGACUCAUCAAUAGAGGAAGAGGAAGAGGAGGUCGUUCCAUUUGAUAAGUGUCAUCUGCGAGCUCAGAUUGAAGGUGGAGGAGGUGUGGUCCUGGACAAGUUCAAUCCUAGUCAGAUUCAUGCUGCACAGCAGGUGUGCCUCAUAUCUAGUGCCCACCAGAGAACAAUCAAGUACCUGCAGUGCCUGGCUGCCUGUAUACCAUGUGUGUCUCAUGUGUGGAUCAGAGACAGCUGCAGAUCGAGUCAGUUGCUAGAUCAUAAAGCAUAUCUACUUCCUGCAGGAAUCAACAUAGAAUCAAAGAGACUGGUAGAAUGGAACCCUAGGAAUGAUGCUUUGAUGGGAAUGUCAGCGCUGCUGGUGUCAAGUAAUAAAGACUUCCAGCUAACAUGGACAUCUGUCCUGGAGGCUGCAGGGUGCCAGGUAACUGCCAAGAUGCCUGGCCAGGUGCUUAAGUCAAGUUUCAAAGAUGAAAUAUCAGUAGUGGUCACUGAUAGCAGAUGUCCGAAGAAAGUGAUAACAAUGUCAAGUGACUUUGGAUUGCCAGUUGUGUCCACUGAGUGGGUCAUCCAGUCCUUAAUCAGUGGCCAGAGAAUGAAUUAUUGUGGACAUGUUAAAUAUAAAUACAAUUAUGAAGAAACAAUUUAAUUAUCAUUUUAUGCUCAGCAUAUUGUUAAAUACAAAUAUGAAGAAACAAUUUAAUUUUUAUCAUUUUAUGCACAGCAUAUUGCUCUUUGGUAUUUUUAUGGUGAAAAUUUACAUGACUUUUUUUACACAAAUUAGAAAUCUUAUGAUUAGAAGUCAUGUUAUCUUAAUGCAUGGAAUUUUAAUGUUUUAUUAAAAGGUAGUUCUUUUUUUAGACCAACUGUUCAUUUAAUGCAUGUUUAUAUUAUUUUGUACAUAAUGAUUUGUAAUUCAAAUUUAAACAUUCAAUAAUGUCAUGUUGUUUGAUCAUGUUUUAUCAAAUAUGCUUUGAAAACCAAUUGAAAGUCGGAGAAAAUUUUGAAUUGUGAGAUUUAUCACAUUAUAGGCAGAAUUUCAAUUCUGUUCCAUUUUUUAACAAUUUUUAUUAAGUUGAAACUUUUAUGAGCAUUAGUAUAGAUAACCUAGAUUGAUAUUUGGAAAGGCAGAUCAUUCUAUAUGCUGCCCUUUGUAAUUCAAUAAAUAAUUGCAUAUAUCAUCUUUAUUUAAAUAAAUUUGUAGAGAAGUUU